AUGCUUCCCCGGACUCUCUCGCUGCGUGGUAGCCUUCACCCUUUCGCUCGCCUAUUACGGAGGGACCCUUCCUCUAGCUGCAGGGUAUUCCAAAGGCAUUCAUCGGGUAAACGGGAUGUCCUUGCGUCUGCGAAGCCUGUCCCAACCCCUAAAGCUUCCGCCGCACUCCGAUUGAAACCCGCAUCCCCACCCUCGACACGAUCCGAUGAGCGAUUCCGCAAGUUCAACUUCCAAAUAUCCCAGGCCUCCGGCCCUGUAGAGAUUUUCAAAGCCCCUUCCCACCGCAGCUACAUACUCGGAGCAGUGUCUGUCGCAACGUUUUGCUAUUUGUAUGCCGGUUACAAUUUUUACACAACCUCCAUCGAUCCCCUUAUGCAGGUUGCCAAAUGGCAGGAAUAUACAUUUGCUGGCAUAUGCGUAGUCAUGGCGGCUAUGGGCACCGUCUUCCUGCGGCGGGGAGGUAACCUUAUUGCUUCAAUCACGGCGUCACGACCACAGGGACAGCAGACCCAGCUCUCGAUAAAAGUGCGCAGGAUGGUUCCGUUUCCCAGGCAGCGAGAAAUCAUUGCGACGCCGGACCAGAUUUCCUUCUCACGUCAGCUGGUCGUGCCUCAUUCCCAAAUGAGUGAAGAGGGCCGUGCUGCAGCUCAGAAGCGCUGGGAGUCCGAGCGCGCAGUUUCGCAGAUGGCCUUUUUCAAGGCUCCGCUAAAGAAGACGAGCCACGCUUUUUGGAAGUUCUUCGUGAAUUCGAGGAGGUUGUUUACUCAAGAACAUUUUGCAUACGUAAAGAUUGAAGGGCAAACGGCGGAUUUUAGACUGGACACAUUGGGGACCUUCUCCUCAGAAUUGCUUCUUUUGCAAAAAGUUGCGCUACAAAGUGCUUUAUAA